AUGACGCCCAAACGCGCGCAGGCACUGACGGCGUCGUGGCCCACGAGUUCAGCGACCAACUUUUCGAACCUGCCCCAGGACAGACGAGGGAAAAUGAUCCUGACCCCAAAGCCGUACUAUGCCACGCACGACACGAUGCCGCCACCGACGCCAGUCAUCCCAGUGCUGGCUACACUCUCGAUUGCAAGCGAUCGACCUCAAGCUGCAGGAGCUCACGUUGCUGGCAAACGAGACAACGGUGACGAGGCCUCGAAUCCCCGGCCACGAAAGCAGUAUCGACCGUGA